CCUCCUUUGGCGUACACACCCCCGGCACCCCACGUGGGCGUGAGGCAAAGGAAGAAGGGGGUAGUAGGCCGAAUUCUAACUUCAUUGGCUGUUGCUGCAGCCGUCUUUUGCAAGAGAAUGUUCUGAUUGGUCGGUAAGGGGGGCGUCGGGGGGGGGGGUCCUGAGGCCUAAGGCUUCUGAUUGGUUAGGUGAGAGAGCUAGUGAGGCACUUCUUUCGCGAGGGGUUUUGAUUGGUGAGCCAGAGUGGUUACCUGAGACUCCAGCUCCCCCAGGGACUUUGAUAGGUGAGUUUGUGGUAGAAAACUGAGGAAUUUCCUCUUAAAAGGAUUUUCAUUGGUGAGUUAGAGUAGCGCUAUAGGCUUCACUCUGCGUUCUUUGCUUCACAAGAUUGGGAAAGGUUUGUGUUCCGGAAGACUUGGGAGUUGUCACAGGCUAAAGAGAAGGGAUCUCAGUACCUAGGAAGGGUCACUCUCCUAGAAAUAGCUAUCGCCCCAUCUCAGGAGAUCCUGGUAUUUCUAGAGCAGGUUUUGCUCCACUAAACCCAAGGAGUUGACAGGAAGAGCCCCUGCACAGGUCCUAAGGAUGCUGUGAGCAGAAGAUGGGAUCACGGAACAGCAGCAGUGCAGGAUCCGGGUCCGGAGACCCCUCUGAGGGCUUGCCCCGAAGAGGGGCUGGCCGGCGACUGAGUGAGGAAGAGGAAGAGGAGGAUGAAGAUGUGGAUCUGGCCCAGGUACUGGCCUAUCUCCUCCGCAGAGGCCAAGUGCGCUUGGUGCAGGGCGGAGGUGCAGGAAAUUUACAACUCAUCCAGGCCCUCUCUGACUCAGAGGAAGAGCAUGACAGUGCCUGGGAUGGUCGUCUGGGGGACCGAUACAACCCACCUGUGGACGCAACCCCUGACACCCGUGAGCUGGAAUGCAAUGAGAUCAAGACACAAGUGGAAUUGGCCACAGGGCGGCUGGGGCUUAGGCAGGCAGCCCAGGAGCACAGCUUUCCUCGAAUGCUACACCAGCUUCUUGCCCAAUGAUCUGGCCUUCACUGACACCUACUCUCAGAAGGCUUUCUGUGGCAUCUACAGCAAAGAUGGUCAGAUCUUCAUGUCUGCUUGCCAAGACCAGACAAUCCGACUGUAUGACUGCCGGUAUGGCCGCUUCCAUAAAUUCAGGAGCAUCAAGGCCCGGGAUGUAGGCUGGAGCGUCCUGGAUGUGGCCUUCACCCCUGAUGGGAACCACUUUCUUUACUCCAGCUGGUCUGAUUACAUUCAUAUCUGCAACAUCUACGGGGAGGGAGACACACACACUGCUCUGGAUCUAAGGCCAGAUGAGCGUCGCUUUGCUGUUUUCUCCAUUGCUGUCUCCUCAGAUGGACGAGAAGUGCUAGGAGGGGCCAAUGAUGGCUGCCUGUAUGUCUUUGACCGAGAACAGAACCGGCGCACCCUUCAGCUUGAGUCCCAUGAGGAUGAUGUGAAUGCAGUAGCCUUUGCUGACGUAAGCUCCCAAAUCCUAUUCUCCGGGGGAGACGAUGCUAUCUGCAAAGUGUGGGAUCGACGCACCAUGCGGGAGGAUGACCCCAAGCCCGUGGGUGCACUAGCUGGACACCAGGAUGGCAUCACCUUCAUUGACAGCAAGGGCGAUGCCCGAUAUCUCAUCUCCAACUCUAAAGACCAGACUAUCAAGCUCUGGGACAUCCGGCGCUUUUCCAGCCGGGAAGGCAUGGAAGCCUCACGCCAAGCUGCCACACAGCAAAACUGGGACUACCGCUGGCAGCAGGUUCCCAAAAAAGCCUGGCGGAAGCUGAAGCUCCCAGGGGACAGUUCCUUGAUGACCUACCGGGGCCACGGGGUGCUGCACACCCUCAUCCGCUGCCGAUUCUCCCCUACCCACAGCACCGGGCAGCAGUUCAUCUACAGCGGCUGCUCCACUGGCAAAGUGGUUGUGUACGACCUCCUCAGCGGCCGCAUCAUGAAGAAGCUGACCAACCACAAAGCCUGUGUGCGUGAUGUCAGCUGGCACCCCUUUGAGGAGAAGAUUGUCAGCAGUUCGUGGGACGGGAACCUGCGUCUGUGGCAGUAUCACCAGGCUGAAUACUUCCAGGAUGACAUGCCAGAGUCCAGGGAAUGCCUCAGUGCCCCAGCACCUCAUCUUUCUACAGCCUUUUCCUCUCCCCAGUAAAUCUGACCUCCAGCCCCAUACAUGGGUGAGCCUCUUGACUGGCUCCUCCUCCUCCCUUUCUCCUGUCUGGGGGAUGUUUGGAGGAAUUUCUGGCAUUGGACUCGGGACAGAAGCCCAGGCUUCUGGGCCCCAGCCGAGCCUUGGAGGAUCCUCCUUGUGGGGCAGAGUGGUCUCUUCUCACAUGCAACGCCCAGUUGGUUUGGAUCUCUAUCUCUGGCCAGGGUCUGGCAAGACUGCCAUUAUCUGGGGUGUGGCCUCUGCCACCAGGAGAAUUGUCCAGAGUAUUUUUUAAUCAUGUUUGGAUAUUAGGUAUUAGCUCCUAGAGUAAUAGAGUAAUAUGCCUGAGGCCAGGUCUGAACUGACCGUCAAUACCUCUUUACCCCUGCCAGGCCCUUUGUAUAAGCCCUCACGUUGAGGAUUAGGCUGGCCAAUCAGAGUGCUGGGCAUCCUGGCCUUUGUUCCUGAGGUCUUGAUAGCUAGAGCUCUAGUCCUUUGGGGAGGGUGGGAUGGGUAAUGGUGUUUCCUCAGCACUGUCCUGGGGUGUGAAUUAUGUCUUCUCUCUCACGUCUGGGUCUUUGGGGUAGGACAAGCUGUGAUGUGAGGGGCUGGACCUUCCAAAAGCUCCAUGCAGCCCCACACAGUGCAGGCCCUCCUCACCCAGAGUGUCCCAUCAUGCUGGAGGCCCACAGCUUCAAGGAGGAAGGCUGAGAUAGAACUCCUUUGUCCUCUGACUGGCUUUGGCUCCCUCAAUAAACUUCCUGUGGGAAGCUGCCUCAGUGUCUUCCCUCUGUCUCUUUUUCAUAUCUAAGUUCUUUCAGUCUCUCACGUCAAGAAAACAGUUCUAACAAAGCCUUAGGAAUGCUCCUCUAUGGGAGAAAACAGUGCCCUGACACCCCAAGAUGAAGGGAAAUACCAAAAAUUGGCAACUCCCUCAUCAACCUCAGAAACUUCUCAGCAAGUAGACAUAGAGAUAGCAGGGGACUGAGCACAUUUUAAGUUACAGCCCAGAAUUGCCCGCAUUAGCUGUGCUCUGGAGCUGGUACAGUCUACAGAAGAGGCAGCCCAUGAACACAGAGCCAGAGAAAACCUGGUUGACACUGGCACCAGGCCCUAUCCUCAGCACUUCACGCCUACAGCCUUAUCCACCUUCACAGCCACGCUUUGUACGAGUUGAGGAAACCGAGACGUGCAGAGAGGUCAGUGACAUGCCCCAAAGCAAACUGGUGGUCAGUGGGAGAGCUGGGAUUCUCAUCCAACCCUGACUAGAUCUUUCCACUACAUUUCAUUAUUUCUAAGGCAAUUUUCAAAUCGGGGUACACACCCCCAGGAGUACUUAAAGACUUUCUCAACAAAAUGUGGUAUGCAAAAUAAGUAGUUUUAAAAGAAUGAAUUGUCCAGGUCCUCAGCCUCUGUAUGUUCUCUUUCCACAUGUUGAUCUGCCUGUGUGAAAAUGUCAUGCCAGAUUGCCUUUCCCACCUGCCCUUUUUUAGUACCCCCUGCCACUUUACCUGAGAGACACCACCUAUCUCACCCAGUACCUGUAUUACCUCUAGGGCACCAAACUAAGGGGCAAGUUAAAGUUAUUAGUAUCCCCAAAGCCUCAUUUGAUCAAGGCCCCACAAACCACCCAUGUUUCUCAUUAAGAGAUGCAUUUUCAGUGCAAUUUCAGUUACUUAAUUACCAAAAUUUGUGAACAUUUGUUGUACUAACAAUACCUUUUGCCCUACUAACAGUUCUAAUGAGAAUUCAAUCCAGAAGAAAAAAAUUUAACUUCUUAGGGCCUUAUGGUCACAGGAAAUUUUUAAAAAUCAAAUUUCAAAUUAUAUCUUUUUUUUUUUUUUUUUU